GUUGGGAUUGAGGGAAGUAAAUGUUAAAAUGAAAAACAGAAGCAGCCGCGAUCGCACCCCUUAAAACUCCGUCCAAUCUACUUCUAAAUUCUUCCUCUGCUGCUCGAAGAAUCCUCUAAAUUGGCACGAAUUCCGUUCCGCACCUGACGCUGAAGGAAUCCGUCAUUUUCAUUUAGAAUAUUCUCGAAAGAUGCAUCUAUGGCCGUCUGUGAGGAUAAGGGACUCGUUCAAGAAGAAUUACUUGAACAAAUUGGAGUCGAAUCUUCAGCGGAUGAACGCCGAAAAGCGGCAGAGGAGUGGAAAUCAGCAGGAGCUCUUGCAAAGCGAAAAAAUCGAUUCGGAAAAUUCCAAGGGAUUGCAGAUCGGUGUGAUAUUUAGGGAAGUACUGAUGGUGCUGUCCUGCUGCUACUGCUGUUUCUGCUGCGGAGAUUGACAAAUUCUUGCCAUCUCCUUUUCCUCCUCCAGCUUGCAUCGACGAUGAUGAUGAGAUGGCAUCCGAAACAUACUAGCAAAUACAAAUGGACGAAAUACCAUCUAUGCCGUUAAUUGUAAGUCUAAAUGCAUUUACGAUAAAAGAACUCUAUCAGUCUUCUAAGAUAUUGAUUAUAUACAUUAGUUUUACUCUCUAAAAUAGGAAGUAGAAAAUUGAAUGUGUUUGCAAGAUGUAGUUACUAUAUGUGUGUGUAUAUAUAUUAUGGCCGCGAUUCCAGUG